UUGUUCAACUUUGAGCUUUUUAAAUGGCUUCUGCUUGGGCGCAAAAACCCUCUUCUUCUUCUUCCUCCCCUAUUAUCCCACCGCAAUGCAGAUACGAUGUCUUCUUGAGUUUCAGUGGCAUCGAUACCCGCAACAACUUUACCAGCCAUCUUCUAGCCGCUUUAGAGCGACAUGGUUUUCAUACGUUCAAAGACAACACAAAGCUCAAUAGAGGAGAGGAUAUUGGUUACGAGCUACUGAAAGCAAUUGAGGAUUCAAGAAUUUCACUUGUUGUUCUCUCGAGAAAUUAUGCCGCGUCAGGGUGGUGCCUUGACGAACUUGUGAAGAUCAUGGAGUGCUGGAAGACCUUGCAACACAUUGUUUUUCCUAUCUUCUAUGGCGUUGGGCCAACAGAUGUGCGAGCACAAAAGGGGAGUCUUGCAGAAGCAUUCGACAAACAUGCAGAGCGUUUUAAAGAUCAGAGUCUGGGUAGCAAGGUGGAGAAGUGGAAGGAAGCGCUUACUCAGAUUGCCAACUUAUCAGGCUGGGACUUGCCAAAGUUGGACAACGGGGAUGAAGCAAAGUUAAUUCAGAAAAUCGUUGAAGAGGUCGGAAAUAGAUUAGACAUUGGACAUCUAAAUGUUGCAGACCACCAAGUUGGAAUGGAGUCUCGUCUGCAAGAACUCAAUGUUCUUUUGCGGAUGGAAUCUAGCAAUGUUCGCAUUGUUGGAAUAUGGGGGAUUGGUGGAAUUGGUAAGACUACAAUUGCUAUGAAACAGUUUAAUGUCAUCCGACAUAUGUUUGAAGGUAGCAGUUUUCUUGCGAAUGUUGCAGAAACUUCAAAGCAACCAAAUGGUUUGGUUUGUUUACAAGAGCAACUUCUUUUAGAUAUAUGUAGCAACGGAACCCAGAAUAUAAGAAAUUCCUAUCAAGGAAUCGAGGUUAUAAAACGAAGAGCUUUCUGUCGAAAGGUUCUUCUUGUUCUUGAUGAUGUGGAUAAUGUCCAGCAAUUGAAAGCAUUAGCGAUAGAUCAAGAUUCCUUCAGGUCUGGAACGGGAAGUAGGAUUAUCAUAACAACAAGAGAUGUGUCUUUGCUAAAUUUGCUUAAAGUGGAUGAGAUAUAUGCAGCAAAGGAGUUAAAUAGGAGUGAAUCUCUUCAACUCUUAAGUUGGCAUGCCUUUAAGGAAGACCAUCCCAAAGGAAACUAUUUGGACCUUUCGGAUCAAGUCGUGGCCUAUGCUGGAGGGCUUCCAUUAGCUCUUGAAGUUUUGGGCUCCUUUCUGUAUGGCAAGAGCAUACAUGAAUGGAAAAGUGCAAUAUCAAAAUUGAAAAAAAUCCCUCCUGUAGAUGUUCAAGCAAAACUUAAGAUAAGUUUUGAUUCUCUAAGUGAUGAAGUGAAAGAGUUGUUCCUAGAUAUGACAUGUUUUUUUGCUGGAACAUAUGGUGUUUCUACGAUCAAAAUACUUGAAGGCUGUAAUUUUUUCGCUGUGAUUGGAAUUCGGGUUUUGGCCGAUCGGUGUCUCAUAAAAUAUGGGCCCUGUGAUGAGCUUAUGAUGCAUGAUUUGAUUAGAGGCAUGGGCAGAGAAAUUGUCCGACAAGAAUCUGUUAAGGAGCCAGGGAGGCGUAGCAGAUUAUGGUAUAAAGAGGAUGCCCUUGAAGUGUUGAGAGAUGGAACGGGAACUGAAGCGGUUGAAGGUCUCUUCCUAAACUUUGCUGAGCCGAAUGACAUCCAAGUGAAUCCAAAGGCCUUUGAAAAGAUGAACAGACUAUGGCUACUUCAUCUCAAUUACGUUAACCUGAGCGUAGGUUAUGAACAUAUCUCCAAAAGGUUACUAUGGCUAUGCUGGAAUGGAUUCCCGUUGAAAUGUGUCCCAUCAAAAUUGUAUAUGGAGAAUUUGGUUACUCUUGACUUGAGUCAUAGUCGCCUAAAACAAGUAUGGAAAGGAACCAAGAUCUUGGGUAAACUGAAAUUCCUUUACCUCAGUCAUUGCUAUUACCUAACUAGAACCCCUGACUUCUCUGGACUCAACAAUCUUCAGGAACUAUUGCUUAAUGAUUGCAUAAGGUUGGUAGAGGUCGACGAUUCUAUUAGAUUUCUCAAAAAACUUGUUGUUCUAGAUAUGAAGAACUGUAAAAAACUUCAGAAGCUUCCCUCAAGCAUUUGGAUGUUGAAAACUCUUGAAAAUCUUGAUCUCUCUGGCUGCUCCAUGCUUGGAAAAUAUUCUGGAAUCAAGCUAUCUAAAUCACUGUCCCCAUUCCUCUCAUUUUGGAAUUUCAGAACAAAGAGAGUGGAUUCUAUUGGUUUGUCACUUUCCCCUGUACUUGGCUUAAGUUGCUUAAAAGAAUUGAGCAUGGAAAACUGCAAUUUGUCAUGUCUACCAAAUGAAGUUGGGAAUUUGAUCUCAUUGGAGACUUUGGAUCUUGGCAGAAAUAAUUUGCGUACCUUACCGGAUAGUAUCUGUAACCUUACUCUCUUGAAGAAGUUGUAUUUGUCACACUGUGAUGUGUCGCAUCUGCCCAGUGAAAUCGGGAGGUUGGUCACCUUGGAGGCUUUGAUUCUUGAAGGAAACAGUUUAGUUAACUUACCGGAUAGCAUCUGCAACCUUACUCGCUUAAAGAAUUUGAAUUUGUCACUAUGUGACGUGUCACAUCUGCCUAGCGAAAUUGGGCGGUUGAUCUCAUUGCAAAAGUUGAAUCUUGGAGGAAACAAUUUACUUACCUUGCCGGAUAGUAUCUGUAACCUUGCUUGCUUGGAGGUGUUGUCUUUGCCACACUGUAAUGUGUCACAUCUGCCCGACAGAAUUGGAAUGUUGAGCUCGUUAAAGUGGUUUGAUCUUAGAAGUAACAAUGUUAGUAUCCUACCAAAUAGUUUCAGUGACCUUGCGAGCUUGGAAAUACUCCACUUGAGUAAUUGUGGAAGGCUCCAAUCACUUCCAAAGCCUCCAGCAAGUUUAUACCGUAUGCAUGCAACCAACUGCACAUUACUACUAGAAAGAAUACCUACCGAAUUCAACUGGCCACCUGGGUUGUGCAAGCCUUUUCAGGAAUGGUCAACGCAGAGAAUGACUGGUGUGGAUCUUCCUGGGGAUGAGGUUCCCAAUUGGUUCCCUUACCAGUAUACAGGGUCAAAAUUAUCUCUUGUGGUACCACCUCUGGUAACUCGGAGAAUAAUUGGCUGGAAUUUAUGCAUAGUUUUCAGGACUCACAAAAAACCUGGUCAAAGGUCUUGUAUGUAUAUUUUCAGUAAGAAAAAUGAAGACUUGCAAAAUGAAAACAAGUACAAAACUGGGGUAACGUACCAAGAUGAAGAUCGGAUCAAACUCAUCUAUUUCCCAUCAGUUGUCACAGGAAUCCAUUUGUUUGGCGGGGAUGAAUUGGAGAUUGAGAUAAGUCCAGAUGACCAGGAGAAGACAGUGCCGUGGUUGACGGUGAAGAAGUGUGGGAUUCAACUCGUUUAUGAGGACGAUGUAGACAUUACAGGGACGUAUGUUUUGUAACAUUGAUCCAGUACGCUACUUGGCACCUCUUAUUAGUGUUUUAUUCUCGAAGACGAGGUUUGUAGGUAUAGACAUUAUAGGAUGCAAUUUCUCUUCUCUUGGAGACUGAUGUUUAAAUUCUACAACUUUUGUUUGUAAGACUCUAUUUUGGCUUAGGGUGUCGAAGAUUAUUUAAUUCAAGGAAGAUACUUCUGGAAAGUUCCUCCAUCAGGUACUUCCUAUCUUUUGGACCAUACAAACCAAAUGUUAAGAAGUUCAUAUAGUCACUUUUGUGCCCAUUAUUUAUAUAUUUUGGACAGCAUCCUGGGCUGUUGUUUUUUGGUUUCUUGUUACAUUUAAAUUUUCUUCUUCCCUUGAGAUAAACAGAGGACAUAGUGGCAAUUGGAAGCAGUUUUCUCCACCGGAUUUAUAACUUAGCUUUGAUUUAUAAACACCAGACUUAGCUUUGUUUUUUAACUUUCCUCUUUCUGAAAAAAAAAGGCUGCAACUGGCAUUCCUCUUGUGUUAUGCGGUUGCCUACACAUGAUGUAGGUGACAAAAUUAUUCAGGUAAAUCGUUUGCCCUGAAUGUCUAUUUCAAAUCUCAUCUUUUUCUUGUUUCUCUGAAUGCCCAUUGCAGUGUGGAUCUUUUUGAUGCUGCAUAGGCGUAAUCUGUCAAAGUUUCUGAAUUCAAGGAAAAGACUUUUGAAGGCUCAGGCAUUAGGUACUUCCAAUAUAAGUAUGCUAUAGAACUUGGACUGAAAAUCAUAGUCAAUGUUUCAUGUAUAAUGUAUGCACAUCGAUUUGCCUGCACAAGUUUGUGUGUACUUUUUGUUUCUCAUUACCUUGGGAUUGUGCUUGACAUUGAAUUGUAGUUGUACAGUAAGGGUGAAUGUUAUAGGAUGUUAUUCGCUUGGUCUGAGUUGCAAAUAGCUUCAGCGAUAAUUCAAAGUGAUAACUUUGCAAAAAAGGAACUGAGAUUAAGACAUCCAUACAGCAGAGAGGCUUGCGGAAGAUUAUAGAUGUAGGGAGAGAUAAAACCGAGGAAGUACUCAAAUAGUUCAUCUUUCUUUUAUUUCUCUGCCUCAUAUGUUUCGAUGCUCUUGCAAAUUAAACAUUCUUUUACAGUUCUCGAAGGACUUCGUGUCAGAUUUUUCCAUCACAAUAGUAAGUCAAGUGAAUGGGAAGAAUUUAGUGGUCAGAAUAGUUUAUUCAUAUGAUUGUCGUUCAAAAAAAAGGCAAAAGGAAGCAUAUUAUUGAAGAUCAUAGCUACAACAAUCACUGAACACCGGGCUCUCCAUCAUUGACUCUAAGAAUGGUGUUGUUUCUGGUGUUGCCUUUCUGGUCUUUUC